UCUUCUUGAACGACAUCAUUUAAACGCUUGUCGAAUUAUCUGUCACAUCUACGCUGCUUUCUGGAAUUAUCUUUUUACUGGUAAAUUAAAUAAGCAGAAAUGGAUUUCAAUGAAAUUCUCUCGGUCGCCCACAAAAAUCAAGAAAUAUCCAAAAAGGGAAAGUACCAUGGAUAUUCAACAGACUUAUCAGCACCAAAGAAGGAGAAACGUGACAAAACAAAGAGAUCUGAAGUUGUUCAAAAGCUAAUAGAGGCGAGUCAUCCAGAAAAAAGUGUAUCAAAGGAUGGCUCGAGAUCAUAUACUCAGCAAAAUGAAAAAGAGCACAAAAGCUUCCAAAUUCCUAAGAAAAUCAAAAUUGAAAAUCUGAUGAAAGAUCUGGGGAGUGAUGAUGAUUCAGACAACAAGUCAAACAGUCCAAGAAGUUCAUCGGUGCAAUCAGACAAAGGCAGCAAUUUGGAGACAGCUCAUGACAAGCAAGACAGUUACUACAAACAUAAAAAACAUAAAAUGGAUAGUAAUGAUAACAGUGUUGGGAAACAUCAAACUCAGUCGAGCAGUUCCAAUCACUCUACCUCAAGUAGAAAUUCUAGUAGCCAUCACUCAAGUGAUCGACAUUCUGGUGGUAAAAAUUCAGGUAAUAAACAAAAUACAGAUAGACACUUAAGUGAUAAACAUUCUAUGGGUAAACACUCAAGUGAUAAACAAACUAUAGAUAAACACUCAAAUGGUAAACCCACCACUGAUAAACAUUCAAGUGAUAAACAUUCUAGUGAAAGAUAUUCAAGUGAUAAAAACUCUAAUGAUAAACAUAUAAAUCAUAGCGACAGACACUCAAGUGAUAAAUAUCCAAGUAAAAAGUCUUCGAGUGACCAGAACUCAAGAGAUAUACAUUCAGAUAAAUCAAGUGUCAGGUCUUCUGAAUCUAGAACUAAAAGUUCCAGCACUGUAAAAGACUCAGCUAGUAGUUCUAAAAAAGUGAAAGCACCGUCAGAAUUAAGUCUUGAGGAGUUGCGAAAACAGGUAUUCAGCAUGAAAGAAAAGGAAAAACAGCUUGAUAAUCUAGAGGCAAACCAGAAGAAAACAGAAGAAAAACCUGUUAUUUCUCUAGAGAAAAAUAGACAAGGUGUUGCUGACACAGACGCUUACAAGAAGGCGUGCAUACUGGCCAUGAUGCAGGAGAAGAAGGAACGCAUGAAGGCAAAACUGGAGGAGGAGAAGGCUAGCAAUAAGCCACACAAGGAGCGCGGUAAAAGAUCAGGUGACAAAGAAAGGAUCUCAGAUAAGAUGGGUCACAAAGUGAAAUCUAAAAGUACAGUGAAGGAUGAUUACGACUCUGAUGACGAUAUUCCAGCUGGUGCCAUGGACAUGAGUUUCAACUCUUCAUUGCUGGAUUCUGGAUGUGUGGACAUGAAGUCGAUUAAGAAAAAAAUUGAUGAAAAGCUGUCAAAUUACAAUUUUGAAGAUAAGCCUGAGAAAGAGAAGAAAUAUUCAAAACGAUCUCCAAGCAACAAAAAUGACAAGAAGAGUUUUACUAAGCUUAAAGAUAAGCACAAAAAAUCUCAUUCAGGUCAUAACCAGCACCAGUCAAAGGCAGAAAAGAUGAAAUCACUGAUGAGAAAUGACUAUAAAUCAAACUUUUCAGGUAAUGACCAUAAAGAACAAAGGAAAUUGAAAAAACCGGGCAUCGUACGUAGAGCUCAGUUUCAGCCGCCUCCACCAAAAUUUGAAGAUUUACUGAAAUUGGCUGAACAAAAAAGUAAAGAGGUUCCACUGAAUGAGCCGCUGAAGCCAGUCAAACCAAAGAAAAUAGAAGAGAGGCCAAUGACUCAAGAGGAAAUUGAGCGUCGACAAAGGGCUGAGGAUCAUCGGAAACGAAGAGAAGAUGAAAAAGCCGGUAUCCUCAAACAUGUGAAACCUGAAAUGAUGCCAGCAUCUAAGGGUGACUCUAGCAUGUUGAAAAGUGCACUUAUUGGGAAGCCAGAUGUGAAAGGCAAUAUGACAGGAAAGUCUGAUGUGAAAGGUAAUCAGACAAGCUCAAAGAAACCUCCAGGACUCAGCAGUGUUCAGAAGCCGUCAAUCUCCAAGAAAAAAUACGAUGUAGAAAGUGAGAGUGUCAUUGUAUGCCAGCCAGCUGGGGUAGAGAAGAAAAUGGUCAAAGAAGAUCCAGGCUUGAACCCAUUUGAUAGGAUUGUCAGCCAGUUUAAAAAGACCACCCCAAAACUAGAUAAGAGGAAAAUGGAUGACGAGCCCAUGUUCUCUGAUUACGAUGAUGAAGAAGAUGAGUAUGAUGAGGAUGAUGACUUCAUUGAUGAUGGGGGCGAUACAGAGGAUGUCUCGGCACAUAUACGAAGUAUUUUUGGAUACGACAAACGAAAGUAUAGGUUUGAGGACAGCGAUGAUGAGAAUAUGGAGGCCAACUUUACUACAAUCAUGAAAGAGGAAGCUAGGAGCGCCAAAAUCGGUCGCAUGGAAGAUUUGGAAGAUAUUCGCCGUGAAGAAGAGGAGUUGAAGAGAAAAAUGAAAGCGAAGAAAAUGAGAAGAUAACAGUUGUUCAUGCAGCAUUCAUAUUGCUUUGCCUAGAAUAUGUAAAUGUAUUUAGCUCACCUGAGCACUGAGCUUUUUUGAUUACCUUUUGUCAAUUGUCGGUCUUCAACAUUUGUAUUGUUAACAUUCUAGUUUUCUCUUCCAUUAGUUUUCAUAAAUUGUCUGUUUUGCACAGAAACUGCAUUUAUAAAUACUAUAUUCUCAUUCAUUUUAGCUCAGCUGAGCACAAUGUGCUCAUGGUGAGCUUUUGUGAUCGCCUUUUGUCUGUUGUGCGCUUUGCGGCGUCAAUAUUUGCCUUGUUAACACUCUAGAGGCAACAUUUCUUGUCUGAUCUUAAUGAAACUUGGUCAGAAGAUUUGUCACAAUGAUAUCUUGGACGAGUUAGAAAAUGGUUUUGGUUGAUUGAAAAACACGGCUACCCAGGGUAGGGCAUUUGUCCUUAUAUGUGGCUAUAGUAAAACCUUGUUAACACUCUAGAUCCCACAUUUAUUGUCAGAUUUUCAUGAAACUUGAUUAGAACAUUUGUCCCAAUCAUAUCUGGGAUCAGUUCUAAAAUGGUUGCGGUUGGUUGAAAAACAUGUCAGUUAGAGGGCGGGGUAUUUUUACUUAUAUGGCUAUAGUAAAAAAUUGUUAACAUUCUAGAGGCCACAUUUAUUUUCUGAUCUUCAUGAAACUUGGUCAGAAGAUUUGUCUGAAUGUUAUAAUGGACGAAUUUUAAAAUGCUGCCAGUUGGUUAAAAACAUGGCCACCAGGAAGUGGGGCAUUUUUAUGUCCCCCACUAUAGUAGUGGGGGACAUAUUGUUUUUGCCCUGUCUGUCUGUUGGUCUGUUGGUCUGUCUGUCUGUUUGCGCCAACCUUAACAUUUUGCAAUAACUUUUGCUAUAUUGAAGAUAGCAACUUGAUAUUUGGCAUGCAUGUGCAUCUCAUGGAGCUGCACAUUUUGAGUGGUGAAAGGUCAAGGUCAUCCUUCAAGGUCAGAGGUCAAUUAUAUGUGGCCAAAAUCGCUCAUUUUAUGAAUACUUUUGCAAUAUUGAAGAUAGCAACUUGAUAUUUGGCAUGCAUGUGCAUCUCAUGGAGCUGCUCAUUUUGAGUGGUGAAAGGUCAAGGUCAAGGUCAUCCUUCAAGGUCAGAGGUCAAAUAUAUGUGGCCAAAAUCGCUUAUUUUAUGAAUACUUUUGCAAUAUUGAAGAUAGCAACUUGAUAUUUGGCAUGCAUGUGUAUCUCAUGGAGCUGCACAUUUUGAGUGGUGAAAGGUCAAGGUCAUCCUUCACAAGGUCAAGGCCAUCCAACAAUGUCAAACAUCAUAUAGGGGGACAUUGUGUUUCACAAACACAUCUUGAUCUUUAUAUGGCUAUAGUUAAAUCUUGGUAACACUCUAUAGGCCAUAUAUAUUGUGCAGUCUUCAUGAAACUUUGUCUGAAUAUUUUUCUAAAUGAUAUAAAAACUCGCAGUCUGUUUAGGUUUUAUGCUGUUUGCUGCUCAUCAGUAUCUAAGGGUUGAAAAUGAAGCCUUUCAAACUUGAAUCUAGUAAGAAAGGUCUUAAAUUCAAUGUAACGUUCUGAGGGGCCACAAAUGUGUCAAUAUAUGUAUUUAAGUGGUAAAGGGUUAACAUUGCCUAAGCUUGAUAUAUGAAAUGAUCACUACUAGUUAUACUCAUUUAUUCAAUUAUUCAAUAUGCUGCAGAUUCUAAUCAACAGAUCAUUUCAUGUAUUUUGCAUAAUGGUUGUUUUUUGUUUAUGAAUAUUCAAUUCUGAACAUGAUUAUUGACCGUAGCCAUAGUUCCAGUAUAUACAGUUUAUUUAAUAGAAUUCAUGAUUAAAUUCACAAUCGGAUCUUGUAACUUAUUUGUUGCUAAUAUGUCUGUUUGAUAAUCAAGGUGAUGUGAAGGAGAUGGGUGAUUAUUUUUUUAUUUUAAUACACAUAAUUGUGCAUGACUUUACAUAACUAUAUAUGUAUUUAAAUUACUGAAUGAAGUAUUUAUACAUGUAUUGAUAUAAAUAUAUUUCGCAAGAAAUUUAAUCUCAAAUAAUCAUGCUUACAGUUGGUGUUAUUUUUCUAACCAAAUUGUCAGGUUGGAAGAACAUUCGUGUUGGGAAGAUGCGUGUCCUACCAUCAACUUCUGCUUUUAAUCCUGUAAGCAGGGAUGGAAUAAUGCAAUGUGGGAUAAACUGAGCUCUUUUUACAAUGUCGGAUAAACUGAGCUUUAUUUACACAAUGUGGGAUAAACUCAUCUGUAUUUAAACAAUGUGCUUUAAACUUGUGUGUAUUUUUACAUUGUGGGUUAAACUCACCUUUAAUUACAAACUGUGUAAUAAAUUUGUCUGUAUUCAUGCAUUGUGGGAUAAACCUACCUGUUUUCGGCACUGGAGAAUGCACUUACCUCAUUGUCACUAAAUUGCUUAAAUCAAGUUGUGAAGUACAUGGAAAUAGCAUUGUGAAAUGAAGAUCAUCGUAUAUUUUUGAUAUGAAUUAUUUUGAAACUUAAAUAAAAGUUAAGGUAUUAUGCUUACUAAGGAAUAAAGGAAAGUUAUUUAUCUGGUCAUGAAUGUGUAAACCAGUGACCAAUGCUGAUGACUGUAAAAUUCUAAACCCUGCUUAAUAACUGAUGUUUCAUCAAGAUUAACUCCAGAUUCUGUAUAUUGACAUCCAACCUUGAAAUUGGAACUGGUGCUUGGACUUUUGGUGGUGUUUUAGUGUUUGUUUUUUAUUGACUGUAAAUACUGUAUGUACUAGUAGAUGUUGUAUAAUAUUCUGAGGCAAUGUAUUUGUAGGUAUAUAUUUGAGGGUUUGUUGAACUAAAUUCAUGUAUUUGUAGAUCAAAAUUUGACGAAUGCAAAAUUUGUUUGCAUAUGUGGAAAUUAAUGGUAUGUAGUAAUUUCUUGUUUUGUUUUUGUUUAUGUCAAGCUUACUGUUAAACUUGUGAUAAUUAACAUGUAUUUUACGUGAUAACUUGCACAUAAAAUAAAAUAAUAUAUAUCAA